GGAUUCCCUAAUCUCUAAUCCCUAAUCCCCACCAUUCACCAUUAUAAAAAUCCCACUUUCUUCCUCCGUUACCUCUUAACCAGACCACCAACCGUUGAUACAUACAGCCCCUGUAUCUCUGUAUCUUCCUGCAAAACCUAUACAAAAUCAAAAGUUUACUUGUACCACUUUCUCUCUCUGGCUCACUCGUGUGCAACUGACUACGGACAAAAUUUUACUAUUCACGUAAAUUUUUGAAGAGAUGCUUGACACUGUGAAAUACUUGAUCGGUGUAGCCGGCCCAAGUGGUUUCGGCUCCAAGUCCACAGCCGAUCAAGUCACCAGCCACUGCCCGAAACUUCACUCCAUUACUGCCAUUAUUACAGGGGCCACUUCUGGGAUCGGGGCUGAGACAGCUAGGGUUCUCGCUAAGAGAGGAGCCCGGCUUGUGUUGCCGGCUCGGAGCACGAAAGCGGCCGACGAUACUAAGGCUCGUAUCUUGUCGGAGUCCCCGGAAUCGGAAAUUAUUGUUAUGUUUCUUGAUCUUAGCUCUUUCCAUUCAGUACGAAAAUUUGCUGCUCAAUUUCAGUCUCUCAAUCUGCCUCUCAAUCUCCUCAUAAACAACGCCGGGAAAUUCUCUCACCGGCAUGCCAUAUCUGAAGAUGGAGUCGAGAUGACUUUUGCCACUAAUUAUCUAGGUCAUUUUUUGUUGACAAAACUAUUGCUGAAGAAUAUGAUCGAAACGGCAGAAAAGAGCGGCGUUCAAGGAAGAAUAGUGAAUGUAUCUUCUAGCAUUCAUAGCUGGUUUUCGGGUGAUCCCAUUAGUUAUCUUUCAUUGAUAAACAAGAACAAAAGUGAUUAUUAUGAUGGCACACGUGCAUAUGCUCUCUCGAAGCUUGCCAACGUUUUGCAUACCAAGGAACUUGCUCAGAGAUUGGAGGAAAUGAAAGCAAAUGUGACAGUAAACUGUGUGCAUCCAGGGAUUGUGAGAACAAGGCUCACUAGAGAUCGAGAAGGCCUCAUCACUGAUGCGGUUUUCUUUCUGGCUUCAAAGCUAUUAAAAACAAUUCCUCAGGCAGCUGCCACAACUUGUUAUGUUGCUAUACAUCCAAGACUUGCUAAUAUCAGCGGAAAAUACUUUUCAGAUUGCAAUGAAGUUUCAACCUCGAAAUUAGGGUUCAACUCAACAGAAGCUGCAAGAUUAUGGUCCAUCUCCGAAAACAUGGUUGCCCAGAAAAUCUGAUCUAGAAAAACAUAAGAAAUAUAGGAAGUACACACAUGUACAGAUAAGAAAGUAAUCUAUGCGGCUGUCAGGUAGAAAGGUAAAAAAUAUUUACAACGACAAAGUUUCAAGAAAUAUUUAAAAUUAGAGGUGUGUGUUACUAUUAUGUAUAUUGUAAUGCAUACUUUAAUUAGGCAGUUAGACUCUUGUAACAUUAUUUGGUUUAGCAAUAAUAUAUAACUAAUAUUAAGUA